GAGGAAGUGAUUAUUAUGUUGUUUUUUUCAACGCUAAACCUUCUGUGGCUCUUCAUGGGAGCUACAAUUGAAAUACGAUGAGACUUUGGUUGAACAAUAAAGAGCUGCAUAUUUCUACCAACCAGGCUUAGGCCUGGUCACACUACGUUCCACCUGUCUAGUCUUCUUCUUGACCUCCCCCUCCCAGGAACAGUAAAUAGUUAAAGUAUAAUGUCUUCAGGCCCACCUCAGUCGCCCACAGUGGCUAAGACAGAGGUGACUGUUGAAGGAGAAUGCCCUAUCUUCGCUGCCACCUUUGCCUACUGGGACAACAUCCUGGGCCCGCGGGUGUGUCACAUCUGGGCUCCCAGGUGCGAGCAACCACUGUUGCUGAGCGAUGGCGAAGUCACCUUCCUGGCCAAUCACACGCUGAACGGGGAGAUUCUGCGCAGCGCAGAGUGCGGCGCCGUGGACGUCAAGUUCUUCGUCCUAGCCGAGAAGGGUGUCAUCAUCAUCUCGCUCAUCUUCGACGGCGAGCUGAAGGGUGACAAGAACACCUGUGCCCUGUCCAUCAUCCUGCCGCAGACAGAGCUGGCCUUCUACCUGCCCUUGCACAUGGUCUGUGUGGAGAGGCUCAAACACAUAAUCCGCAAGGGACGCAUCUGGAUGCAGAAGGGCUACAACAUAAUUUCUGUGCUGUCAUCAGAGAUUGUCCCCAUCAUGGAGCUGCUGUCAUCCAUGAAGACACACAGUGUCCCAGAGGACAUAGAUAUCAAGGACACCAUCCUAAAUGACGAUGACAUCGGAGACAGCUGUCAUGAAGAUUUCCUGCACAAGGCAGUCAGUUCUCAUCUCCAAACUUGUGGCUGCUCCAUGGUGGUCGGAAGCAACCCAGACAAAGUCAACAAGAUAGUGCGCACGCUGUGCCUCUUCCUCACCCCUGCUGAGAGGAAGUGCUCUCGGUACUGUAAAGCUGACUCUACUUUCAAGUAUGACACAGGACUGUUUGUACAAGGCCUCCUCAAGGACUCCAUGGGCAGUUUUGUCUUGCCCUUCCGCCAGGUGCUGUACUCACCCUACCCGACCACGCACAUCGACGUGGACAUCAACACGGUGAAGCAGAUGCCACCCUGCCACGAGCACACAUACAUUCAGCGACGCUACAUGCGCUCAGAGCUCAGCGCACUCUGGAAGGCGGCCAGCGAAGAGAACAUCGCCCCCGACACUGGCAUCCACACCGAGUCCUUCACCCCCGACCUAAAUGUAUUUCAGGACGUUAUGCAUAAAGACACCCUGGUAAAGUCAUUUAUAGAUGAGGUGUUCAUGCUGAAGCCAGGUCUCAAUCUGCGAAGUACUUACUUGGCUCAGUUCUUGCUGAUCCUUCACAGGAAGGCGCUCGUACUACUCAAAUACAUUGAAGAUGAGACGCAAAAGGGAAAGAAGCCUUUCCGCUCCUUGCGCAGCUUGAAGACCGACCUCGACCUGAUGGUGGAAGGUGACCUGAAUAUCAUCAUGGCGUUGGCUGAAAAGCAAAGGGCUGGACUGCACUCCUUUGUAUUUGGGAAGCAAUUUUACACCAGUGUACAGGAGCGAGAUGUGCUCAUGAGCUUUUGACUCUUACUCUCAUCCUCAUGAAAUGUUUUUAUCAGCUUUUAAGAAAUGGGAAAGAAAUUGACAUAUGACUUGUCCAAAAGCUACCUUUGCUAGGUGACAUGUUUUGUCCACUAAAGAGGGUUGAAGUGUUAAAAUGUAAAAAAAAGAAAUACAGUAUGACAACCAGAAUAUUGAAAUUUCAGAGGUCUAUUUAAAGUCCAAAAACUUCUUCA